UGUUUCCAGUUGUUCGGGGUCGUCAUCAUGGGCUUCGGACUGUGGCUACUUCUGGACAAUCAGAGCUUCAUCGUCGUCCUCAAUAACUCCACAGCUGUUAAAGUGGCCUGUUACAUCCUGAUCGGAGUCGGAGCGUUCUCCAUGCUCAUGGGAUUCCUCGGCUGCUUGGGGGCCAUUUAUGAGAUCCGCUGUCUGCUCGGCCUGUACUUCACCUGCCUCCUGCUGAUCCUUCUGGCUCAGAUCACCGCCGGCGCUCUCAUCUACUUCCAGAAGGACGGGUUAAACGAGGAAAUGUCCAAGAUCGUCUCCAGGGUGCUGGACAACUACCCCGGAACCAACUCCAGCACAGAGCAGGCGUGGGACUUCAUCCAGAGGAACAUGGAGUGCUGUGGCUGGAGCUCUCAUCUCGACUGGAAUGGAAACAUGGUGAUCGUCAACAGCUCCCAGCUGCUGUUCCCCUGCUCCUGCCAGAACAUCUCGCUCGUAGCAGGAAACUUCUCCGACAGCGGAUUCUGUGAGGCUCAGACGCCCGACUGGCCCGUAUACGACGUGGGCUGUUCUGCCAGUGUGGAGAGCUGGCUCCUCACCAACAUCGGCGUAGUGCUGGGUAUCUGCCUGGGGGUGGCGCUCAUCGAGCUGCUGGGGAUGAUCUUGUCCAUGUGCCUGUGCAGGAGCGUUCACAAGGAGGAUUACACCAAAGUGCCAAAGUACUGAAGCUGAACUGCAACAAGAACGAGGCAGAAAGAAAAACGAGUUUUCCACCUGAAAACAUCAGUGAAACAUUUUGUCUAAAUGUAAAAUAAUGUGUUUACUUCCAUCUUUUAUUUUUUUAAUCGUCAGUCCAGUUUCUUUGGAGCACUUUAGAAAUCUUUGAUGUUUUGAACUUUGGAUUAGAGAGCGGAGCUGAGACGUUGGUGACCAGAGGAAAACAUGUUGGUUGAGUAAAAGUAGGAGGAAGAGUGAAAUAUGACGUGUCACCACAUGCUUAGAUUUUUUAUUCUGUGUUUCUCGUUCAAUUCAGUUUUAUUUUCCAGAGAAAACAGAAGAGAAAUCACGUUUGUCAAGACACAAAAUGUUUUUUAAGGACGUCUGAUUUGGACAUUUGGAGAAUAGUUCUUUUUUAAAUACAUGAUUUGUGAAAUGUUUUUAGUAUUUUGUACAUAAUAAUUUUAGUCAUUUAUUAUUUAGUGGCUUUGAUUCCAAAAAGAAAAAGACACACCGGUGUUUUCAUUAGCAGCUGGUUUCUCCCUGAACGUUUUAGGUUUAUUCAUUUUAAUCAUCAGGGUUUUGUUCUGGAAAUAAUAGAAAUAAUGAGGUACUAAAUACUGAUACUUGUUUUCUACAAGUAUCACUCUCAGUUUACAACCAGCAAAAAUGAGAUAUUUAUUUUGACGAUACUGUAGCUUUAAGUUUGUGCUUGACCCACCCCAAUGUCUUUUUCACCACUUCUGAAGUCUGUGAAAAAUAUGAAAACAUUUACAUUUCCACAACAAGUAGUUUAGGAGCGAAUUGAAUAUUCAUCCUCGAGAAAACAAAAUGAGUUUAUAUAUAAAGUUUCAUUUUAGAUUUUUAACAUUGAGUCGAGACCUGUUUUUAUUUUAAUGUUUUCUUUGUACAGUUUGAAAAACGUUCCAUUAACCUUUAAUCUCUGAGAUAAAAGGCUUUGUAACUCGGGUUCGUGGCUCUGUAGCUGGAUUAGUACGUGUGUGCUCACUACAUUUAUUCUGUUCCACUUUCACAAUAAACUGAUGUCAGAA